AUGAGCGAGCCAGGACCGAAGCAAGUACCUGUUGAUAUUACACGAGAAGAUUUCCAGCGGAAGCCAUGGAAAUAUGCUGGUUAUGGAGCGUAUUCUGGUGUAGUCUCUUUGGACGACUUUCUGAUUCUGCGUAGGUUUGAUGUUCUGAACGCCAGGGUAGCACUGCUCCUCCAAGACAAGGUAGUUGAGUUGGAGACGCAGCUUGAGAAGCUAGACGACUUUUACAGCAGACAGGCGACGCAGGAUCUGGAUAAUGGCACCUUUAGAGGCGAUCUCCAGAAUCGUUCUGAACUUCUGGAGAAGAUUGCGGUUGCUCUGAAGAGAUAUAACGACUGGCUACUUCAGCAAUCUGAUUUACGGAAACUGGCACCUGCUCCGGCCCAUGACAUCAAACAGCUCCAGAAAUGGCAUGAAAACCAUCAAUUUGUGGCUAUAGAAAAACAAGAAUUUCGAUACUUAGAAAGGAAGGACGACCUCGUCAGACUAGUGCCCGAGAAUAAAACAAAUGUGCGCCGUUUGAUUGUUAAGUCCAAUUACCUCAGCACCCUUUCAAUCUGGAGGAAAAGAAAGGAACAUGACUCGGAAUGCAACGAUCAGAGUAUCCAAUAUUACUCCGAGAAGAGGCUCAACAAUUUUGCAUCUGGCAUUAUUGUCACCGUCGGUGUCAUCAUGUUGAUUACUCCCUUGUGGAUCUUGAAAUAUCUCGAUUCACCCGUAUCAAAGUUGGUGGUGAUCACCGUCUUCAACUCCGUCUUUCUUCUCGUCAUGUCAUUCCUCAUGGUGGCCAAGCCUUUCGAGGCUUUGGGAGCCACAGCGGCUUAUGCCGCUGUUUUGAUGGUGUUCAUGCAGGUUGGCACUUCAUAA